UUGGAGCGUCUUUCAAGGGGAAAAAAGUUGAGGAAGACAGAAGAGGACGAACCAAGGGGAGACUCGGAUGAAAGCGCCUCCUUCGCUAUUUCUCCUCGCACUGUAAAUAGAUGGUUAUUUAUGCGCAUAAAUGAAACUAUCCUAAAAGGUUUCGCUGCGUCUUUCGCUUUUUUUUGGAUAACGUAGCCGGGGAGCCACAUCCAUGCAACGCGCACAUUUCUGGACAGAAACUUAACACUUCUGGACUUUUGAAGUUGCCUGAUUUUCUCGAUACAAGCGCAACUUCUGGUGUCCGAGCGUGUUUGGACGGUGGGAUUUAUCUCUUCGCUUUAGAAUCAAACGCCGACGGCUGGGAGAGUCAAACCCCACCGGUGUCUACAACUGAAGCGGUUUCCCUUAAAUUGCCAUAAUGGACUCCCACUGCCGCAAACUGGCCACCACCUGCGCGCAAAUAGAAAAAGAAAAGAACCAAAAUAAAAACGACGACUCGUCAGACGACCCCUCGAAAAAGAAGCGGCAGCGGCGGCAGAGGACUCACUUCACCAGCCAGCAGCUGCAGGAACUGGAGGCCACUUUCCAGCGGAAUCGCUACCCGGACAUGAGCACGAGGGAGGAGAUAGCCGUGUGGACCAACCUCACAGAGGCCCGGGUCAGGGUUUGGUUCAAGAACCGGCGAGCCAAGUGGAGGAAACGGGAACGGAACCAACAAGCCGAGCUCUGCAAAAACGGCUUCGGCCCGCAGUUCAACGGACUCAUGCAGCCCUACGACGACAUGUACCCCAGCUAUACGUACAACAACUGGGCCGCCAAGGGCCUCACGUCGGCCUCUUUAUCCACCAAAAGCUUCCCCUUCUUCAACUCCAUGAACGUCAACCCCUUGUCUUCGCAGACCAUGUUCUCGCCGCCCAACUCCAUAUCCUCCAUGACUUCCAGCAUGGUGCCGUCGGCGGUGACCGGCGUGCCGGGCUCCAGCCUCAACAGCCUCAAUAACUUGAACAACCUCAGUAACCCGUCUCUUAACUCCGGGGUGCCCUCCUCGGCGUGCCCCUACGCUCCUCCGACCCCUCCUUAUGUGUACAGGGACACUUGUAACUCCAGUCUGGCCAGCCUGAGACUGAAAGCCAAGCAGCACUCGAGUUUUGGAUACGCCAGUGUGCAAAAUCCGGCCACUAAUCUGAGCGCUUGCCAAUAUGCCGUGGACAGACCAGUCUAAUACCUACCUGCACUGCAAAAAAUAACCACCUUAGCAAGUCAUUAUAGGCUGGUGGUGACGCGUAAAGUGGUAGUGAGGGAAUCUGGCAGAGAUAAUUACGCCUUUGGGGGAAUUUUCUUGAUAAUUUGGCAUUUUCUUGACACAAGUUGGACAUUAUUCUGACUUUUUCCUUCAAGAUAUUGCCAUAUAUUCCUUGAAAAUCCCCAACCAAUGUGAGAAUAUUCCAUCCAUUUAUUUUCUUUGGGAGGGGGGAACUUGAUUUUUAGGGCAAGUGAUUUGCCAUGAUGGUCAUUUUUUGCAGUGUGUGGGUAAUCACAAACAGCCGGCCACAGGAACAAGAGACUACUACAACUACUUUUUUUUUUUUCCAAAAAGGGCACUAGAAGACUGAACCACUGAAACAAGCUCAACUCCACGUCGGAGUCAAAAAACUGAAACGGGAGAUUUUAGGUUUUAUUCCCCCUUUUUGAUGAGUCCAGGCCUGCUUCACACUGCGCCACAGUAAAACUAAAAAAAGGCCUGUUUUAUUUUUCAUAUCUCGUCAUGAGGGUUUUUUUUUUCUGGUGGAUUUUUUGGACGUUAAUUGUUGACUGAAAAAAAAGGUUGUAUAUAUUUGAAUUAUCAUCUCCUGUUUUGUCGAGGCGAAUGCGCUAUAACCCUCCAGGUUCAAUUUAUCAACGCAUGUGGAAGAAGAAAAAAAAAGAAAAACCCUAAAAAGGAAUCAUGUUUUGCUUGCAAACAAAAAGGGAAUGUACAUACUAAAAAACGCACCAGUUGUGUGUUUCUAACAUAUUAUAAAUUUAUUAUUAAUGUCUGUGUGAAUAUCGAUUUAGAAUAGCAAUUCUGGAUUUAAAAAGAAAAAAAGAAGAAGCAUCAAAAAUGUUCCUGCGACAAAUUAUUUGGUUUUUGCUCUGUGUAUACU